AUGUCACGCACGACCACCAUGCCCGACCUCGUUGCCGCCAUGGCCCAUAGCGAACCUUCGUCGCCCUUGCCUUCCUCCCUUCCGAACCGAUCGUUUGUCGAUUUGUCGUCCGUCGACUACAUUACAUUACAAUUUUGGAAAUACCCUGUAUAUCAAAAGACUAGAGGCCUGGGAGUUAUUGGUGCUUUAUUCGUACUUGGAAUUAUUUGA